CCCCCCUUGUUAGGCUUAUCCAUAUACCCUCAUGGAUAUGGAUGCCUCAUAUCCUUGCCUGGAGAAAAGUAUGUCCCUACAAAUAUGUAACGCUCAGGCCUAACAUAUCGCAUCAGUAGAGUUCUCCGAGCUUGGUUUGGGGACUGCUGAUACUGAAUUAUUGCACUAGAAAAGAGCACAAGAGAAGUUUUGAAGAAAUGGAAGACAGAUGCUCCUGACAUCUGUCUUUGUACUUCCUUUCUGCAGCAAGGGAUCUACUGCUUCCUCUACUCUAUAAAAAGUAUCAAAUGUUAUGUUCAGUGAUUGGUUAGUCUAGGCUCUGGAAAACAGUGCUUGCAACAGGAAAGAUGUUGAGUCCUGCUUUUCUCCAGCCCUGAAUAUGCACUGAACUAGGAUUGAAAGCAUUGAAAACCUGCCCUGUGAAUUACAGAGAAACUUCCAACUUAUGCGUGAACUGGAUCAGAGAACAGAAGACAAGAAAGCAGAAAUUGAUAGUCUUGCUGCACAAUAUAUUUCAACCGUGCGGGAUCUGUCAUCAGAGCAAAGAGUAGAAAUCUUGCAGAAGAUCCAAAUUGCUUAUACAAAAUGCAAAGAAUAUAGUGAUGACAAGGUGCAGUUGGCCAUGCAGACCUACGAGAUGGUGGACAAGCACAUUCGACGGCUAGAUGCUGACCUUGCCCGAUUUGAAGCUGAUCUGAAGGAUAAGUUGGAAGGCAGUGAUUUUGAAAGCCCUGUGACACAAAACUUAAAAAAGGGAAGAAUUCCAAAGGAUAAGAAAACCUCCCGUGGUCGAGGCCGGCGGACAUCAGAGGAAGAUGCUCCAGUGAAAAAGAAACCAAAACGAAGCAGAUCUGAAUUAGCUGAUACCAUCCUAUCGGUUCACCCUUCUGAUGUCUUGGACAUGCCAGUGGAUCCCAAUGAGCCCACAUACUGCUUGUGUCAUCAAGUAUCUUACGGAGAAAUGAUUGGGUGUGAUAACCCUGAUUGUCCAAUUGAAUGGUUUCACUUUGCUUGUGUGGAUCUCACGACCAAACCCAAAGGAAAAUGGUACUGUCCUCGCUGUGCGCAGGAGAAGAAGAAGAAGUAGAAAUGAUAUAUAGUAUGAAAAAAAAGUUUUAAUAUAUUCAUAUGUUGCAGUAUUUUGUUUUCAUCACCAACCCAUCUUGUCCGGCCUGAAAUAAUGCAGUAGGCAGGUGUUCUUUUUAUUAGCCAUGUGAAUGUUAAAAGUGAUGAUACAGGAAGUUCAUUAGUGAUGAUUAUUUGGGUUACAAAAGUACACUUCGUCAUUACAAUCAAAGAUAUGAAAUACUCAAGAAAAGAUCUGCACUGGAAUUUCUUAUAUACUGAAACCUGUGAAAACUGCCUGUGGCCUUUCAUGUGAAUAAGAUAGCAUCUUUUGUUGUCACAAAAUGUAGUCACUUUGGGAAGCUUUCACCAGUGCCAUUUCACUGGCAGAAUGACAUGUUUUCUCUUGUAUUUUCCAAUGCAUCCUCUAAAAUUAUUUUAGAGAUUUGGAAUGAGCAUUGGGAAAUCAGUUCAGAAUGAAGUAAGAGUCCUGUUAUGUGAGAAGAAUAGGCUUGCAUAAUUUUUUAUGCAAACCUUUGCUUUGCACAAUAAAUGUAUGAAGUCUUUUAAAUAUAGUAUCAGUAUCUUUAUCAUUGUUGAUAAGAUGUAGAAUCACAUAGUUCACUUUUUUAGGUAGAUUU